UAUUUACAAAUAAGAACUAAAUUGUUACUCAUUUUAAAGACUUUCAAAGACUCCUUAUGUCUCUCCGUGUAGGAACAGGCGAACUAGGAGGUGUGCGCGUUCGUUUUUACCUGGGAACAUGUAGUACAAAAGCGAUACUGGGUAUACAAAAGAUAUAAAAUGAAUGAAACUCUGGACCUGAACAUUACCGUCGCGGUUGAUGAUAACUGGACUUUUACCAAUGGCUCCAGUGAAUUUUUCUUGCCUCAGAACAACAUCACAUAUGUUGGAUAUUAUCUGCAUCAGCCAACAGUAGCAGCAAUCUUCAUAGUGUCAUACCUGCUCAUAUUCCUGGUCUGCAUGGUUGGAAAUGGAGUGGUGUGCUUCAUAGUCUUGAGGAGCAAAAACAUGCGCACUGUCACCAACCUCUUCAUCCUCAACCUCGCCAUCAGUGACCUUCUUGUUGGGAUUUUUUGCAUGCCAACUACUCUUCUUGACAACAUUAUUACAGGCUGGCCAUUUGGAAACAUGGUCUGCAAAAUGAGUGGGAUGGUCCAGGGCAUAUCCGUCUCAGCUUCCGUUUUCACCUUGGUUGCCAUAGCAGUUGACAGAUUUAGAUGUAUUGUGUAUCCCUUCAAGCAAAAACUGACGAUAUCAACAGCAACCCUAAUCAUAGUCAUCAUUUGGGUGCUGGCAGUGUCAAUCAUGUGCCCGUCUGCUGUCAUGCUUCAGGUGACUAAAGAACAAAGCAUCCGUGUGUUCCUGGGAGACGGCAAUAGAACGAGCCCUUUCUACUGGUGCAGGGAAAACUGGCCCAGCCAGGAGAUGAGGAAGAUUUACACCACGGUUCUGUUCGCCAAUAUUUACCUGGCUCCUCUCUCGCUCAUUGUGAUCAUGUAUGCAAGGAUUGGGAUCACUCUGUUUAAAACGGCUAUGCCAACCGGAGCAAAACCUGGCCAUGAUAACCGGCAUUCAGUGUCAAAGAAAAAACAAAGAGUCAUCAAAAUGCUCCUCAUUGUGGCCUUGCUCUUCAUCCUGUCCUGGUUGCCUCUGUGGACGUUAAUGAUGCUGACAGAUUACGUUAGACUUACCGAACACCAGUACAGGCUUAUCAACAUCUACAUCUACCCUUUCGCUCACUGGCUUGCCUUUUUCAAUAGCAGCGUUAACCCAAUAAUUUACGGUUUCUUCAAUGAAAACUUUCGCCGGGGAUUUCAAGCCAUCUUUAAGUUCGGGCUGUGCCCUGUUGGCGGUCAACAUCGGACCUAUUCUCACAGGAUGCAAGGUAAUUCUGUGAGGCCGGUUAACAUCCAACCCUCAACGGAGCCCAUCUCUUUGAAUAGCCUGGAGAACAGCUCAAGGAGAAUGAAUCAUGUCAACGAGCAAGAUUUAGUGAUGGAAGAUUUAGAGAAGGUAUCAGAAUGCAGUUUGGAAGGAGCUUCUCUUUAAAGAGGUGAACAGUCAAGCAAUGACCAUUUUUGUUUACAUAAUGAUUUACACAAAAGGCCCAGUACAUCUUGCAUACAGAAUAUUAUUUAUCUACACAUGUCAUUGUUUCUCAUAAAUUGUCUGUCUUUUGCAGCUUAGAUGUAUGUAUUUGUUGAGGUGUAUACCUGGCAGUAUAUCUACACUGAAGUUUUAAAAACCAUAACUUUUUGUGAAGAAAAUGAAAAAAGAAUGAAAACAGAAACCCUGUGAAAUAACAGGCUUUUAAGCAACCAGUAAAAUAAUGUAUAGUUAAUAAUUUAUGUUUAUCUACUGUAUGUUUAUCCACAACUACUGUGUAUUGAUAUAAAUAUAAAUAUUUUAUAGUUUUUAAUUUAUUUUAUUUAUUAAAUCAGCAGCAAAACUGCCAUAAUCCAGAUAGGCCUAUAGUAUAUUAAUUGUUUCUGGAUUAAAAAUUGGGAAUAUUAAUAAAAUAUACAUACAAAAUUUCCUACCACAUUAUUAUUACUCCUAUUUGUUGAAAAAAUAGGGUUGUUAAUAAUAGCAAUAUAAUUUUUUUAAAGACUCUGCUCCAUGAAUAACAACUCAACAGUUUUGAUUUCCACCUCAUACUGUCUAUACUUCAGUGUCGGCAGAAAGAGCUGUUAGAUUAACUGUUUGACAUACAGUAUAUGUAUAUGUUUUGACACAUAGAAGUCUGAUUCACUCACUUAUAAAUGUCAAACAUGUCUUCUCUCUUAAAUACUAAUGUUUUCAAUCUUGCUGAGGGAUUGGAUUAUUGAACUAUGGACUGGUUUAACCAGUAAACCACAAAAGUGCUGUGACGCUCCAUUGUAUAUAGUGUCAAA